ACUCCACUCCACCACCAUUGUCAACUUUCUCCUGACAUGAACUGAAGCCAUGACAUCUCAUGUGCCCGCUCAUCCACUGGCACAUUAAAUGUUUCCUUUCCAAGCACUUAAAAUCCUGUCCUGAACUGGUCAAGCCUGAACACCUCAACUCAUGCCUUUUACCAUCAUUCAAUCACUGCUGUGAUCCCUUUCCAACACCGUCAGAGGUAACUCCGGGUCUUCCUUUCCUGUGACGGUCCUCAUGAGAGCCAGUUUCAUCAUAGCACUUGAUGGGAUUUUGCAACUGCAAUUGAAGAAACUUUCAAAGUUCUUGAUGUUCCAGAUUGACUGACCUUCAUGUCUUAAAUUAAUGAUGGACUGCCGUUUCUCUUUGCUUAUUUGAGCUGUUCUUACCAUAAUAUGGACUUGGUCUUUUACCAAAUGGGAAUAUCUUCUGUAUACCACCCCUACCUUAUCACAACACAACUGAUUGUGGCGGUGUCAGAGGAAGGCCCUAAAAAUUGUCAAAGACUCCAGCCACUCUAGUCAUUGACUGUUCUCUCUGCUACCGCACGGCAAGCGGUACCAGAGUGCCAGGUCGAGGUCUAAAAGGCUUCUUAACAGCUUCUAUCCCCAAGUCAUAAGACUCCUGAAUAGCUAAUCAAAGGACUACGCAGACCCCUCUUUUACGCUGCUACUAGUCUCUGUUUAUAAUCUAUGCGUAGUCACUUUAAUUCUACCUACAUGUACAUAUUACCUCAAUUACCUCAACUACCCAGUGCCCCCACACAUUGACUCUGUACCGGCACCCCCUGUAAAUAGCCUCGCUUGUUAUUUUACUGCUGCUGUUUAUUUAUUUUGUUACUUUUAUUUUCUAUUUCCUGUUUUUCACUUAAUACUUAUUUUAAUGUUUUUCUUAACUUCUUAAAUCAUUGUUGGUUAAGGGCUUGUAAGUAAGCAUUUCACUGUAAGGUCUACUUUUUGAUUUGAUUGGCUCAAACACAUUAAAACCUCUUAAGGCUCUCUACAGAUCGGUGUCCCACCCUCAGGACGGUUGAGCUAACAUGCGCUAAUGUGAUUAGCAUGACGUUGUAAGUAACAAGAGAAAUUUGCUAGGACAUAGACAUAUUUUAUAUGGGCAGAAAGCUUAAAUUCUUGUUAAUCUAACUGCACAGUCCAAUUUACAGUAGCUAUUACAGUGAAAACGUACCAUGCUAUUGUUUGAGGAGAGUGUACAGUUAUGUACUUGAAAAAGUAUAUAUUGACCAAUUAUGUACAUUUGAGCACACUUGAUACAGCAUUUUGAACAGAAAUGCAAUGGUUCAUUGGAUUAGUGUAAAACUUUGCCCAUACACUGCGGCCAUCUAGUGGCCAAAAUCUAAAUUGUGCCUAGAGUCCUAAGUCAGACAAUGGCCUUUCUCUUGCAUUUCAAAGAUGAUGAAAAAAAAAGAUUUUUUUCUUCUUUGUAUUAUGUGUUAUAUUAUCCUAAAUUAAUUUCACAUUUCCAGUGUUUCCUUUCAAAUUGUAUCAAGAAUAUGCAUGUCCUUGCUUCAGGUCCUGAGCUACAGGUAUGUCAUUUUAGGCAACAAUUGAAAGAAAAAGGGUCUGAUCCUUAAGAAGGAAAGAAAUUCCACAAAUUAACUUUGAACAAGGCACACCUUUUAAUUGAAAUGCAUUCCAGGUGACUACCUCAUGAAGCUGGUUGAGAGAAUGCCAAGCGUGUGCAAAGCUGUCAUGAAGGCAAAGGGUGGCUACUUUGAAGAAUCUCAAAUAUAAAAUAUAUUUGGAUUUGUUGAACACUUUGUUGGUUACUACGUGAUUCCAUAUGUGUUAUUUCAUAUUUUUGAUGUCUUCACUAUUAUACUACAAUGUGUAAAAAAAACUUUAAAAACUGGAAUGAGUAGGUGUGUCCAAACUUUUGACUGGUACUAUAUUUAUAUAUGUAUACACACACACACACACACACUCCGGACUCCGACAUUGUUCGUCCUAAUAUUUAUAUUUCGUAAUUCCACUGUUUUACUUUUAGAUUUGUGUGUAUUAUUGUGAAUUGUUAUAUUACUGCACUGUUGGAGCUAGGAACACAAACAUUUAGCUAAAUCUGCAAUAACAUUUGCUAAAUAUGUUUAUAUGACCAAUAAAAUUGGAUUUGAUUUGACAUUGAUGGAUGCCGUUGAUUAUCGUCAAGUAAAAGUUGAGUAUGUGGUAUGCUAUCAGCUGCAGUGAUUAUGACAAUAAAGUAUGGCGAUGGAAAGUAUGGAGGACAGAGACAGGAGAAACAGAACACACAAUCAAACUGUAAAUACAUGAAUUCCCCAUUCAGUUAGCACUGGAAAAGACGAAGAAAGAAUACGGUAUAGUCAUACUGCAAAUACAUCCAAAGACUUUGUAGAGGCUAACCUGUUUUUAUAGGUCUAUAGUGAGCUUUAAGAUUGUCUCACUUAGGUCUGAAAUACAGAGGGCAGUACAGUCCACCCCAAUACAGUAUGUGUUUCAGGUUGGUGAAUGUCCCAUUGUGGUGUAUGUGAAUGCACAGGCAGCGCCACUGAGGCCAUUUCCAUUUUGAAGUAGUCAACUUUCUUCUACUACUAUGAGUUGGUAGACAAACUGAAAGGGUGCAUACUGCCACAUAGGUUUUGCAUCUCAGGUGUCCUCUGGAAACAAAGUUCACUAUUACAUGUAACUCUCUGAGGUUGCCUGUAAGGUACAUUUCACUCAAAAACUAUAUAUUUUUGGGACUGUAUCAACAGUGGAUUAAUGAAUAAAAUACCAAAAUAUUUUUUUGAGUGAAAUGUACCUUCAAUCCUCUGACUGGAAAGAUAUCAGUGAGUCACAGAUCAGCCCAACUGGAGAGCCACUCUCUUUCAGUGGGUGUAUUUCCUAUGAAGUUCUCUAGAUUAGAUUACGGAACUUAACCAUACAGACAGAUACAGGAAACUAUCAUUUUCAGCACAGCUUGUAUUAUCACUUUCAUCUGUGCUUAAAAGUCUAACCAGAUAAUGAUUGUGGUAAAAAGGAAGAUGGCAAAGGUUUUGAUGACCUCAAAUUCAACGAGAGAUUUGUGGAACAUUCUAAGUAUUGCCCUCCUCAUCGCUGCAGGAGCCUUGGCCCAGACAGUUACCCAGACACCUGAUGAGGUUGUGUAUCAACUGGCUCAGAAUGCCUCAAUGGACUGCCAGUUCAUCCACACUCCAGACCAGCAGGUGGCAACGAAUCCCAUUCUCUACUGGCAUAAAAUUACAAGUUUGACCCAAAUGACAAGACUGUGGCCUCAUCCAGAGUCACCGUACAAGGAUCGUGUGGAGGUUCUGGACAGUGACCGCAACUCACCAAACAGAUCUGUACUUCUGAAGAAUGUCCAGUGGGAAGAUAGCAGUGGAAAGUAUGAGUGUAAACUUUCUUAUAGGGCCGCCAAACAAGACAAGAGGACAAAAGGGAGCGGUGUUAAGCUGUUGAUACAUGAUUUGAUGUUCUUUGGGCUUGACCCUGAUAAUGAGACCCAAGUCAUGUGUGCUGUGAAUGUUUCCCGGGAUGAUGGGUUUUUCUUAUCCUUGCUACAAGACGGAUCUAAAGUAUUCCAAAAGACCAUUGAUCCUCUUCACCCCAGCAUGUCACUGUCUGUUACCCUGUCUGUGAUCCUCCCCUUGGAGAAGGGGAAGAAUUAUGAGUGUCAAAUCCACCUGGGCUCCACCUUGAUAAUGAGCCAGCCCUUCCAACAGCCGCUUGAGACGCCAGCAGUAGAGAAGGUUCUUCCUGAACCUGUUUUCCUGUUCGUGGCCAUCCUCCUGGUCCCCAUCACCGUGCUUCUGGCUCUGAUGACAGCCCUUCUUGUUCUACGCAGAUAAGACAGGAGAUAAAAACAAGCCUGAAACAAUGCCUAAGGACAUCUAGUGGAAACCAUAGGAACUGCAAUCUGGGUCCUAACCCAUUAGAUACUGUAUAAGCAUUCAAUUGAAAAUACCCACAUCAAAAAAAUCCCACUUCCUGGAUGGAUUUUCCUCAGGUUUUUACCUGCCAAAUCAGUUCUUCAGAGUGUUUUCUAUCCAAAUCUGCCAAUUAUAUGCAUAUCCUAGCUUCUGGGCCUGAGCAACAGGCAGUAUACUUUGGGCACGCUUCUCAUCCAGAUGUCAAAAUACUGCCCCCAAGCCAUAAGAAGAAAUGUUUUUUCAACAGAAUCCACGGAAUGAAUGCACCCCUGAUCAUGCAGAAACAGAGUUCACUCUCAUAACAGCCACGUUAUAUUCCUUCUAUUCCCUUCACUUGUGGACUUCAAUGCACAACAAAUCAGCUGUAUGUGACCAGGUGAAAAAACCUGUACAAGCCAAACCUCUACAAACAGCCUACAUCAUUGUCACCAUUUUAGCUAAAGUAAUGUCAUAGUCAACAUAGCUAAUAGAACUAACGCGUUAGUAAACCCGUUAAUCAUACAGUAACGUUAGUGUACAGUCAGUAAGCAGUUACACCGGUGGCAUUAAAUUAGUAAUACCAAAAGCUUACCUUGACUUGGAAGAGUUCCAGUGUUGUGUUGGAAAGUCAUAGCAUUACCUCUGUUUGAGCAGGGUGUUUCAGUAGGCUAAACUAGCUAGCUGCAUUUGCUAGCUAAGUAAGUGAAACGAAGUGAAAAACAUUACGAAAUCUCUUCCUUCUCCUUCAUUUUGGAAUAAAUACAUUUGUUCAAAACUG